AUGGCAGAGCAGAGCAACCGCGAUGUGGUAGAUCAGACCCUGUCGGGCGGCGAGCCCUCGCCUUCCGACGUUCCUGCGAGUACCAACGACAAUCUAUCUGCUGGAGGGGACGCAGGGAAGACCGAACAUAUCGCAAUGAACAACGCUACAUCAAACAACUCACGCUUGAACCAGCAGAACCACGAGACCACCGACAUGCUUGAUUCACGAGGGGAACGGACUGGAAGUGACAAAGAUCCUGUGGGCUCUGUGACAGAUAAUAGCAAACAGGGCGCUGGAGUUGUUGCGACAAGGGUCCUUGAACUAAACGGAAUUGCAUCGGCAUCGGAUGGCGGAGAUGAUACAGCGUCACAAGGUGGUUCGGAAUCUGAUGCAAGUCGAACGGAUAGCAGAAACCAUGCGCGAAGUGGCUCUGUCAAAAAGCCAGGCUCAUUCAAGCCUGUUUCCUUCGCCAAGUUCUCAGUACCCAAGGUUGCGGGAGCUCCAACACCCCCGAAGGCCCCUGAGAAGGUGCCUUCAGCUUCAAGUACACCACUCGGUACCCCGCAGCCAAGCUCUCGACCACGACUUGUCGCAAAGACUACCGCCGGGAUGCGUGAUUCGUUUUCAAAGACUGGGGCAGGCGGAGGCAAUACUGGUGGAUCAGGUCCUGAUCCCAACCAGGUCUGGAACAAGAAUCGGCCUGUCCAGCCUCCUCCACCGAAGCACUUGACCGACGAAGAGUUGAAGCAGCAAUACGGCAUUCAUAUGACUUCGCGUAUCCAAGAAGAUGGUGCUGUUAGCUCUGAAGCGAAAUGGGCGGAUAUCGAUGAUGACGAAGAUGAUUGGGCCCCCGAGACGAUCGAGUGGACAGAUGGAACUAAGGUCACUCUCACUCACACUGACCCUCCACCAGCUCCCAAUCAGCCAGAACCUAAGGAGGCGCCUUCUGCAGAACAUCCGCCCGCUACGAAAGAGCCUCUUAAGUUUGCACCGAAACCAACGACGUCAAUCGGACCAAAUCCCACCAUUCUCAAACUAGGAGCGAAUGCUGAACGUCAGGCAAGGACUGCAAGUGCUUCGUCCAAGGGCACAAAUGACAAUGUCCAAUCUAGCUCUACGAGCCCAGCACCACCCUCCAAGUCUCCAUGGGCCACCUUACCACCGGUUGAAAGAGUUUCUCCAGUCAGUGCUCCGAUGCAGCCUCCUCCUCAUCAGCUGCGCAUGCCUAUGAGCCAUUCUCAGGGUCCGAGAGAUGAGGGAUAUCAUGGCCAAUUACCACCAAAGGAGAUUGCAGCAGACGAUUUCAACCGCACAUGGAAAGAUACCCAGUCAGGUGCUCCUCGAGAACUCUACAAUUCUCGAUCCGGCCGGUAUGAGCCAGUGGCAGAUACUCGGAGACCAUCAUGGCGUCCUGACCAGCAUCCUCGAGCCCCUGCUGUGUUGCAGAGAGCAAAUGAGCACUCAGGUGGGCCAGCCGAACCAUCUGCUGCAUUCCAAACGCACAGAUCCAGCCACCAGGAUGGUCCAGGUUGGGGUCGUCGUCGAACAUCGUCGAAUGUGAGCGGUGGAAGUGGAGGGUAUGGUCGUAGGAUGUCUUUCGGCCGACCCGAUGCACCCCCAAGAUUUAACGAUGUUCGAAGAGGCUCGCAGGUGAAUGGAAUGGUGGAUCCAGCCUUAAUCGAUCGGGAGCAGCCCCACGGGAAAGAUGAGAUGCAUUCAUCUGGGCCCAACGGGACAGCGCGUUCGGUUGUUGAUGUAGGUGACUCUCCUGCGGAGGCACAGGUACCAGUUCCUCAAAUACCCCAGGAGGAUCCUGUUGCUAUGCAAGAGCGUAUCAUGAAGGAGAAGCGUCUAGAGGCGCGGCAGCGAAGAAUUGAACAAGAGGAGAAGGAGGAUGCGGCUAAAAGGGAGAGGAUAAGACAGCGACUCGAAGCAAUGGGUCCUGCACCAGAGAAGAAGAUUCCGGAAAAUCGCAAUUCUCACUCUCAAUCCCAUCAGCAAACUCAUCCUCUUCACCAUCCUCCCCCGCCAUCUCCCUCGCAACUUCACCAUCACCCUGCCUCCGCCAUCUCUUCACCUCCAAAGCCCCCGGUCCCUGAGCCAUCUGGCGAACCCAAACAGUAUGGUAUGAUGAAAGUACACCAUCCCGAUUCUGUCAAGAAACUCGUGGCUUCACAUGAUCGUGAGCGGACUUCCGACAAACAUCAUCCUCGACACGUUCCUUCACCAAACCAACAGAAGCGUGACCACCCUUCUGCACCUGGUGGCCAAGAUCAAACCGAGUCGCAGUCCCCAGUUCAGAACAAAGCUGAUACGAAACCCGAAGAGCAGCAUGGUCCCCAGUGGCGUGCCAAUCUGAAUGUUUCUCACUCUCCUUGGUCUACAAACCCUAACAUUGGGGUGAAUCCUCCUUCUGUCAACAACCCUUGGAAGCCUCUGGGAAGUGACCGAACUCUCACUCUCGGCAACGGUAUUUUCGAUCAGCCUUUGGGCUUUGCAUCUCGUGAAGUUCCUCUUCGCAGUCAACUCGGGUUAGAUCAAGCAACGAUGCCUGCACCCAACUUCCCUGGCCCUCAAGAGCCAAACGUUCCUACCCUUCCGUCGCCUGAGACCAAACACCCCUCUCUUGACAAGAUGACUCCUAUCGGCCACCCUCGUCCUAUUGGACCUCCGAGCUCACAGCAAAAUCACGCAGCAGCUUUGAAGGCUUGGAACAAUUUCCACGAGGUUGCCGCUAAACAAGAGGCCGAGGAUGCGCGCAACUUUAUGGCCCAAUUCAAGGAAAAACGCGAGAAGGGAAUCACCAGGCCCAUCAUCCUCAACGAGACUUGGAAUCAGGUUCGAGUCAACGAGGACGGCUCGCGCAAGGUCAUUAAGACUACCGAGAGAACCCAUUCCAAUGUUAAGGAUACUGUUGCCCCUUCGAACCCACUGACCGAGCUUGAUACCCCCGCGGAUGGCUUUGUCAAUGCUGAGCCCAAUGCACGCACCGCACCUACUCGCAGCUCGCGCUUUUUCCCUCAGGGCACCGAACAGCAGAAGCGCCAGGUUACCGAGAAGGAGCGCAGCCCUUCUCCACCUCCUCCGGAGGAAAUGUCCAGCCACCAUCCUGUUUACUUUGGAGACUCGGAUCGUCCUCUUGUCCAUCUGCCUACCCCGAAGCCUCCCAAGCCUGUUGUAAAGUUGCCCCCUAAGGCAGCCGCAGCCGCCACUGCUACUGCUACCGUUGCUGCUCCCGCCCCCGCAGCCGCAGCCGCAGCCCCGGCUCCUUCUUUCGCGUCCAUGGCAGCAGCCCCACCACGAAAGGCUGCUCCCUCUGCGCCCUCUGCUCCCUCCGCUUCAAAUGCUGUCUCAUGGCAAGCCAAAUUUGAUGAUCUCUUCGGCAAGUCCACGCCACCUGAUAGGAAGAGUGUCCUGGCUGUUACUUCUGCUUCCAAGGAGCCUCUCCCUGUCCACGUUUCCGGAGCCGCUGUCUCUUUACCCCGAGUUGUCGUCGAUUCGCAGCCCGGAGAUGGCGAUCUCGCUGUCCGCCAGGUUGAAGAGCAGGAUGAGAUGUUUGAGGACCGCGAGCCGGGCUCUCUGCCUGCUGUUCGUGUGCCUCCUAUGGCACCUCCCAUGGCAUGGGCCCCAGUGAAGUCUCGUUACAAGAACACCAAGCCGGUAAACGCCCAGAGCCUCCGAGUUUUCCUAGUCGGAGCAAAUGACAUUGACCACCAUGGCAAUACUCGAGUUACAAUUCGUGUCCCCGGUGGCACCCCUACUCAAGUUUUGCUCCCCAGGAAGGCUGGAACCCUUACUCCUCGUCAUCACAACCCCGCCAACCCCAGCAAACCUCGCAAGACAAAUAAUAAGUCUCGAGAUGCUGCUGGCGGGGGUCCCAAGAAGUCCGGCCCUCAAGGCUCUUCUCAAGGCACUUCUGGAUCACGAUACCGAGGCUGGAGCCCUGAAACCAAAUAG